AUGCUCAAGGUCCGCCAACGGAAACGCAACAUCGUCGCCUCAUUCCGCGGUGGUAGUGAGACUAAGUUAAGAGACGCUGGCGUGGAUACCCUAAUAGGUGAGGCGACUUUUGUGGACGAGAAGACACUCGAGUAUAAAGAUAGUGGUGGCAAUGUGAGAACUAUCCAAGGCCAGAAGAUAUUCAUCAAUGUCGGAGCACGACCUGCACCGCCACUCCUCGAAGGGAUCGACUUGCUUGAUCGAAGAGCAGUUUUGGAUUCCACGUCAAUUCAAGAGCUAGACGAGGUUCCUAGCCACCUCGUGGUGGUUGGAGGAGGAAUUGCGCCGUCGCCUAGCGGGUUUACUCUUUAUUUCCACGUCAAUAAUGGCGAUCGAACCGUCGAAGGAACGCAUAUCCUAUUCGCUACCGGCCGCAUUCCAAAUACAGACAGUUUAAAGCCAGAAGCUGCAGGUAUCGACACCGACAAGAAAGGUUAUAUUGUGACAAAUGAAUAUCUCGAGACUUCGUCUCCUUCUAUUUUUGCAAUAGGCGACGUGAAAGGACCACCGGCAUUCACGCAUAUCUCGUACGACGACUUUCGCAUCCUUCGGUCUAACAUGCUUUCAUUACCACCUACGAGGCUCUCUACCAAAGACCGCAUUGUCCCGUACGUGGUGUUCACUGAUCCCCAACUAGCGCACGUCGGCCUCCAUGAGAAGGAAGCUCGUGUAAAGUUCCCCAACAAGAGGAUUCAAACUGCGAAAAUGCCGAUGGCAUACGUCGCCCGCGCACUAGAAACGGACGAGUCGAGAGGGAUGAUGAAAGCUGUCGUGGACGGUGAUACAGGGUUGAUUCUAGGGUUUUCCUGCUUGGGCAUCGAGGGUGGCGAAAUCAUGAGCAUCGUGGAAGUAGCGAUGAUCGGAAAUCAGAGAGUCUGA